AUGAAAGCGGACCUCGAAGAGAAGUACGGCCGUAUAUCAUCGGCGCCAAAGGAAGACCAGUCAAGAUACGCUCGCAAGCGAGAGGAGCUGCGAACAGCAAGACAGAAGUACCGGAGGAAGGUGUUCAAGAUGAUUUACAAAGAUCACUUUGAUGCUGAGGACGAAGAAGAGCUGCAGAAGCAGCUGCAGGGGAUCCGGGAACCCGAGGUAAAGCGAGAGGUGCAGCAUAUCUUGCAACAGCGCACCCAAGUGGCAGACAUCCUCAGCGAUAUAGACGACGCCAUUCCCCAGCAAGAGAUCGUGCAGAGGAAAGUCGAGGCGAUCAAUGCUUGGGUUGCCUGCGCCUUCGUGUGUGAGCCGGCCCAGCGCAACCAGCCCAAACGAAAGCAGUCGGCAACUGGCAGCUCGGGGAAGUCAGACUCAGUUCUUCCCGGUGCUUCAUCGUCUCGUCAACCACCCACAAAGCACGCUCUGCCGGCUUCAUCCGAUACCCCGACAAGCUUUGCUCACAAGCGUAGCCUUCCUCUCCUCCCGAAGCCCCCCGAAUCCGUGCAGCCGCCAAAUAGGAUAUGCUCCUUGCCAAAUCCUAGCCUCCCUCGCAGCUCCAGUAACAGUCAACGUCCUCUUGAUCCUAUCGCUACUGAUGUCGCUCAAACAAACCGCCAGCAACUCGCAACGCUUGGCAAGACGGCCCCAUGCAUUUUCUGUGGCAAGCAAUACGCUCGCCAGGCACUGCUGUGGGACCACCUGGAGAAGCACCUGCAUCAUGCGCGCGGUGCCCCGAUACACUGUCCCCAGCCGGAAUGUCAGUCCGAGGGAGCGGUCUUGGAAGACAUCAUGAAGUUCAAGGCCCACGCUGCCCGCCUUCAUGGCACUACAUUUCAGAGAAUCAAGAUUGUCACUUCUAGAAGUCAGGAUCCGGGUUGCUAUGCACAGGCCCCUCCCAAACUGAAAUUUCGUUUCAUAUUAUCGAGAGAAAGCCGGCCGCCUCCGCAACGUCCGAGCAUCAUCAUCGUGUCUCGAUCGUUAGACAGGAGCCAGGCUAUAUAG